UGAAUGAAUGACAAGACGAUUGCACAAGAUUGACCAUUUAACAACUAAUGGGAACCUCCUUAACCACAUACACUCUGCGCCGAACUUCGAACUUGGCCAGGUCUAUCUUCUCACAUCCACGAAAGUUUGAAAAAUCUGCACCCAUCAUGACACGCGGUGCAGUUGUAUGUAUCGCUCACGGCGGAGGUCCCAUGCCCGUCUUGGGAGACCCUGGCCACGCUGCCAUCAACGCCUCAUUGAAGAACCGCGUGCCCAAGAUCCUCAAACUCAACACACCAGAAGCUCCCAGAGCGAUUGUGGUUGUCACGGCACACUGGUCUGAAGGCAGACCCACCAUCUCAUCGGCAGAGCGUCAUGAACUUUACUAUGACUAUUAUGGAUUCCCGCCGGAGGCGUAUUCACUCAAGUACCCCGCCCCCGGAUCACCAAGUGUCGCACAGGAGGUGAAGCAGGCUCUCGAGAAGGAGGGCCUUUCGCCAGUGAUGGACUCACGACGUGGCUGGGAUCAUGGUGUCUUUGUCCCGCUUCUCCUCAUCAACCCCGCCGCCAACAUUCCUGUUAUCCAACUUUCCGUUCUUGCCUCAGAAGACCCCGAAGAGCACUUCCGCAUGGGACGUGCCCUUGCGGCUCUACGUGAUUCCAAUGUUGCCAUUGUCGGCUCCGGUUUCGCCUCGCUCCACAACAUGGGUAAGCUACGCUCCCUGUUCAUGGGAGAUGCACCAACAGUCAAAAGGGUCGCCAAGGAGGUCGACGAGUGGCACAAGGACCUUACGGAUGCCGUGAAGAAGGAGAAGCGCGACGACCGCGAAAAGGCGCUAUCUGGCUGGCGAGACUUCUCCCACAGCUACGAUAUGCACCCUCCCCAUGGCGGCGAGCACUUCAUGCCCCUGCUGGUAUGUGCCGGGGCAGCCGAAGACGAGGUUGCUGGUGUAGACAAUGCCGAUUUCCAAGGUGUGGACAUAAAGACAUAUUAUUGGGGAGAUAUAAGUGUCUGAAUAAUCUAACUAAGUAGUACUGUGUACGUCUAUAUGCCUAAUUCUAAGCGCCAAGCCUUUUCCGCCCCGUUCAAAGUGUA